AUGGCCAGCACAGGCCUCCAGAUGCUGGGCUGUCUAACUGGGAUUGUCGGGUGGCUGAUGGGAUGCGUUGCCACAGCAAUCCCACAGUGGAAAGUCCGCACCAUUGAUGGGGUGACAGUGCUCACAGUGGCAGAGGGCUGGGAAGGGAUCUGGAUGAGCUGCGUGAACGACAGUGGGGGGCUGCUGCACUGUCACGUGUACGACUCUCUAUUGGCGCUGCCUAGUGACCUGCAGGCUGCCCGAGUCCUCUUGUGCUUGUCCGUGGCCCUGGGAGUGCUGGGCAUGGCGUUCGCCAGUGUGGGUAUGAAGUGUACCCGGUUUGCCCGCAACGAGGAAAGUUUCAAGUCCAGUCUGGCUGUGGCUGCUGGCGUCCUGUUCAUCCUGUCUGGAUUCUGCGUGCUGGUUCCUGCAUCCUGGAUCGCCAGCAACGUUGUGAGCGACUAUUACAACCCGCUGGUGCCCCAUGGCCUGAAGGCACAGCUGGGAGACGCGGUGUUCCUGGGCUGGGGCGCGGCCUGCCUGUUGGUGUUUGGGGGGGCCAUCAUGUGCUGCUCCUGUCCGCAACAUCAGCCGCAGCAGAGAAAGCGACCGUACUACAGUUACCACCCCGCCCUUGGCCCUCCAGCCACCCCGGCAAACAGGUAA